CUUUAUUCUUUGCUUCGUUUGUUCCAAAGGCUCCUCCACCCCCAUUUUUUUCGGCUCUCACCAUUUCUACCUGGUUCUAACUUCUCUCGCUUCCGCUCCCACUCCCUUCUCCAUCUCUAAAAUUUUCACAUGGAACUCGAUUUCAAAGAAUACCAAUUGCGCUGCGAACUCAGAGGCCACGAAGACGACGCUCGUGGAAUUUGUGUGUGUGGCAAUGCGGGCAUAGCCACGUCGUCUCGGGACCGAACCGUGCGUUUCUGGUCCCUGGAUCCGUCGGACCAGCGCAAGUACGCGCCCUCCAAGAUUCUGUUGGGCCACACGAGCUUCGUAGGCCCGCUGGCGUGGAUUUCUCCCAACGAGGAGUUCCCAGAGGGCGGUAUUGUGUCCGGCGGCAUGGACACGCUUGUUCUGGUGUGGGACUUGAGGACUGGAGAGAAGGUGCAGGCGCUGGAAGGUCACAAGUUGCAGGUGACCGCUGUUACGUUGGAUGACGGAGACAUCGUGUCAGCCUCAGUCGAUUGUACGUUAAGACGUUGGAGAAAGGGCCAAUCCAUAGAAUACUGGGAGGCACAUAAGGCAGCAAUACAAGCAGUUGUAAAGCUGCCUUCAGGCGAGCUUGUUACAGGUUCAAGUGAUACAACGUUAAAACUUUGGAGAGGAAAGUCAUGUGUACAAACUUUUGUUGGGCAUUCAGAUACCGUUCGAGGUUUGGCAGCGAUGUCUAGUUUGGGAAUCCUUUCUGCAUCACAUGAUGGUUCCAUAAGGUUGUGGGCAUUAAGUGGUGAAGUAUUAAUGGAGAUGGUUGGUCAUACUUCCAUUGUCUAUUCGGUUGAUUCACAUCUCUCUGGACUUGUUGUCAGUGGUAGUGAAGAUUGUUCUGCAAAGAUAUGGAAAGAUGGAGUUUGUGUUCAGAGCAUAGAACAUCCUGGUUGCAUUUGGGAUGCCAAAUUCUUGGAUAACGGAGACAUUGUAACUGCAUGUUCAGAUGGAGUCAUUCGUAUUUGGACGAGUCAUCAGGAUAAGAUUGCUGAUUCUCUAGAACUCGAAUCCUAUGCUUCCCAAAUUUCCCAAUACAAACGAAGCAGGAAGAGGGUCGGAGGAUUGAAACUGGAGGAUCUACCAGGGCUGGAGGCUUUACAGGUUCCAGGCACCAGUGAUGGGCAGACAAAAGUAAUCAGAGAGGGCGAUAAUGGUGUGGCAUAUGCGUGGAAUUUAAGAGAACAAAAGUGGGAUAAAAUUGGUGAAGUUGUCGAUGGACCAGAUGACAACAUGAAGCGUCCUUUACUUGAUGGAAUUGAGUAUGACUAUGUAUUUGAUGUCGAUAUUGGAGACGGCGAGCCUAUUCGUAAGUUGCCUUACAAUCGAUCAGAAAAUCCUUAUGCUACUGCUGAUAAGUGGCUUCUCAAAGAGAAUCUUCCUAUUGCCGAUCGGCAACAAAUUGUGGAGUUCAUACUCCAAAAUUCUGGACAAAAGAAUUUUAACCUGGAUUCAUCAUUUCGUGAUCCCUAUACUGGCUCUAGUGCUUAUAUACCUGGCGAACCCUCCAGCUUGUCUGCAGCAGUUCCAGCGAAACCUACUUUCAAGCACAUUCCUAAGAAAGGAAUGCUUGUUUUUGAUGCGGCUCAGUUUGAUGGGAUCCUCAAAAAGAUUACUGAGUUUAACAAUGCUCUACUCUCUGACCCAGAAAAACAGAAAUUAUCGAUGACAGAGCCUGAGCUUUCCAGAUUGGGUGCCAUUGUCAAGAUUUUGAAGGACACAUCACAUUAUCAUUGUAGCAAGUUUGCAGAUAUUGAUGUUGCUUUGUUGCUUAAACUGCUAAAUUCAUGGCCACUUGCAAUGAUCUUUCCAGUUAUUGAUAUUUUGAGGACCAGUGUCCUCCACCCAGAUUGGGCGACUUUACUUGUCAAGCAUGUUGAAGCUGAAAAUGAUGUAGUUAUGGAAACGAUCAAGAAAGUCACGAAGGAUCCAGCUAUUCCUGCAAAUCUUUUAACAAGCAUCCGUGCAGUUACUAAUCUAUUCAAGAAUUCAUGCUACUACAAUUGGUUACAUAAAAAUUGUAGUGAGAUUCUUGAUGCUUUUUCAAGUUGUUAUUCAUCUCCAAAUAAGAAUUUGCAGUUGUCUUACUCUACCUUGAUACUCAAUUAUUCUGUGCUGUUAAUUGAAAGGAAGGAUGAACAAGGUCAAUCUCAAGUUCUUUCAGCAGCUCUUGAGAUUGCGGAAGAGGAAAAUGUAGAUGUUGAUUCAAAGUUCCGUGCUUUAGUUGCCAUUGGAUCUCUGAUGCUCGAGGGUCUUGUGAGAAGAAUUGCCUUGGAAUUGGAUGUUGAGAGUAUUGCCAAAGCAGCAAAAGCUUCUAAAGAAGCCAAAAUUGCAGAAAUUGGAGCUGACAUUGAAGUGUUAACUAGAAAGAGUUGAAACUCUUAGAUGCUGGUUUGGUUACAUCAACAGCUUUAAUUGAUACUUGAUAAAGAGAUGAACAUUCGAGAAGGUUGAUUAGACAGACUCCACAGAAUUACGAAGGUGAGAAACCGGGUCUCCAUUUUCCGUCGUGUACCAUGGAAAUACUGAAAUUGAUGAAGACGGCCGAGAAUGUGAUUGUCACGAGCUUUCAUUUUCUAUUUCAUGGAAUUAAUCGAAUCUAGCUCAGCCCCAUGGAGUUCAUCUUUGCUACAAAAUGGUGCAUGAUGCCUCUUUAAUUGUGUAGCUGGCCUCAGUUGUACCUACCAUAUGCGCAGACCGACCCUUGAUUGAAAUAAUAGCUUCAAAGAUAUGGGAAUUUCACAUUUCGGGAUAAUCUGUAGCUUUUGUUCUUGUAUGUGUGCAAUCAUAGUGAGUAAUAUCAGAGUUAAUGUUUCCUUUUAAUGGGUUUCAA